AUGGCUAAUGUAUAUACAUUUCAAAAUAUUAAAGGUCAUCGACUUGGUAGUAUACGCGAAGAAGAGCUAGAAAAAAAAAUACAUAAUGCUAUCAAAUCCAAAGCUGAAAUUAACAAGCUUAAGAUUCAAAAGUUACACACCCAUGCUUUGCAGGUUAUUAAUGAGCAUAAGCAAAUACAAAAUGAAAAUACUAAUCUUAUUUCUCAUAACACACAAAAAGAUAUUUUUAUUGCUGAAUCCAAGGCUGAGAAUGUUACAAAAUCCAAGAAAAUUAAAUCACUCGAGUUUAUAAUCAAGAUAUUGGAAAGUAAGUUGUCUUUAGCCCAGAAAGAUGUGAUUUCAAUUCAAAAUGACUCAUUAAAAAAAGAAUCUGAGAUAUUAUCUCUCAAAUCUAAAAUAAUUGAAUUGGAACAAGAGUUAGCUUUAAUGGUUAGUAAGCUUAGAUAUCUAAAAUCUGAGAAUAAAUCAAAACUUGUAGUUGGUGGGAAUAAUGAAAAAAAUAUGCAGAGCGAGGAACAAAGUUCCAUAAUCAAGUCUGGCGAUAUAUCUGCAAUUAGUGAACCUAUCAAAAAUCUCAGUAAAUAUUUUAUACGUAAAAAAAGUAUGGAUCAAACUGAAAAAAUCGAUAGUAAUAUCUCAGAUCAUAUUGAUUAUGAGAAUACUCCAAUAUCUGAAGAAUCAAUGAUUCAAAGCUAUAUCCCAACUCCAAAAGUCGAUGCCGAAAAUUCUACCAAGUUAAGUGAUGACAUCAAUAUUAGUGGAACUAAAAACAAUAAAAUCAUAACUCCUCUUUGA